AUGGAAAAAUAUUUUAAGAGUAAAUCUACAUUUUCUUGUGAUGGGCAAAAUGUUAAUGAAAGGAAUAUUCGAAAUGAAAAGGAUGAAAUGAAUGCUGGGGAUGAAAGUAAUGAAACUGAUGGAGCUAAUCUUGGGGAUGUCCCGAUUGAAACUAAUGUCGAGGAUGUUGGGGAUGAAAGGCUUGAAUUUGAUGUUGCACAACUUCCUUCAGAUCCUGGACUAAGAGUUCCAAUACAAAAUUAUGAUGUUAAUGUUCGAGAUGUAAUUCGAAGAGCAUAUGUACAACGGGGUCCUUGUCAGCCUCGCAAUCAUGAAUUUCCACCCACAAGAAUGGGUAACAAAGAUAGGCGAUUUUGUGUGUCAUGGUAUAAUGAGCAUCCUAGUUGGUUGGAAUACAGUAUAGAAAAAGAUGCUGUAUUUUGCUUGUAUUGCUAUCUUUUUAGCUCAAGCGAUAGUUCAUUUGUUAAUGGUGGGUUCUCAAAUUGGAAAAGGAAGGAGAUUAUUAGAAAGCACGUCGGGGCAUCAAGUAGUGCACACAAUCAGGCUCGGACUCAGUAUGAAUCAUUCAAAAAUCAAGAACAAAACAUUCAAUCCUAUCUCUUUAAGCAAUCGCAUCAAACUCGAACAGAAUAUCGAAUUCGUUUGAAUGCAUCAACUGACUGUGUUCGAUUUCUUCUACGACAAGGGUUGGCAUUUCGAGGACAUGAUGAAUCUGAAGACUCAAAUAACCAAAGGAACUUUCUUGAACUACUGCAUUGGCUGUGUGAUCAUAAUGAUGAGAUUAAGGUAGUUGCAUUGACAAAUGCUCCUGAAAAUCUCAAAUUAACAUCCCCACGAGUUCAAAAAGAUAUUGUGAGUGCUAUUUCUUCUGAAAUUCUAAACGUGAUUAUCAAGGAUAUUGGUGAUAGCUUGUUUUCUAUUAUCAUUGAUGAAUCUCGAGACAUUUCAGUGAAAGAGCAAAUGUCAGUUGUCAUUCGUUAUGUGAAGAGUGGACGCGUAUUGGAACAUUUUAUCGGUGUUAUACAUGUUUCGAGUACAACAGCUAUCUCACUUCAGAUUGGAAUUGAUCAAUUGUUUUCUACGCAUAGCUUAUGUAUAUCUAAUUUGAGAGGUCAGGGAUACGAUGGAGCUAGCAAUAUGCGAGGUGAGUAUAAUGGUCUCAAAACACUUAUUCUGAAUGAAAAUCCAAGUGCUUACUACAUUCACUGCUUUGCUCAUCAACUUCAACUAGCUCUUAUAGCUGUGGCACAGAAACAUCCAAAGAUUGAAAUUUUCUUCACUUCAGUACAUAGAUUGGUGAAUGUUGUUGGAGGAUCGGCUAAACGAA